AUCUGUCUCAGGUGAUGUUUCAUAGAUUGUAUACCUCUUCUGUUAUCUUGGGAUUCUCUUGCCGUCUGGGUACCCUUGCCGUGUGCGUAUGUUUUCGCGUUUCUCGCCCUUAUGUUUCUCACCGCCGUUGCAUUGUCGUAUUUGUUGUGCGGUAGGUGUACCUCAUGCAGAGGACUACCAUACGACCAGGACUCCUGCCACCGCGCCAGGACCCGGCACCCACUCCAGACCUCUUUGCUCCAUCUUCCCCUCCAACACAUGCAACCGUCCGCAGUUAUACUAAAGAUGGAUGCAAGGUGGCAUAGACACGACGAGAACCUGCACCCGAACUCCCCACUACGGCGGGCUCCACUUCGUCCGGACUUGAUGCUCACCCUUUCACGAUCAUUUCGUUGAGGACGAGUCUGAAUGGCCGGUCUUGGCGCAAGUCUGCGCAUACCCUAGGCCUACGUCUAUGUCAAAGUCUUAGUGCAUGCCCGGCACGGUUUGCGGAGCGUGGAGUCCCCAGCAUGCAGCUGACAUGCGCCUCAGUUGUAAAUUUGUACGAAGUCACGCAGAGUUGCGCGCGUCCUAUUUCACUACAUCGCGGGCGUGUUUCACAAGUAGAAUAGAAGUAGAAAAAAAGAUGUAUUCAGACAAGAGCGAUAAUACAUUUGAAUUUCGUGA